AAUGAAAAGUUUGGAGAAGUUUUGCUCAUAAAUCAAUCUAAAUUAUCCGUAUGCAAGAGUAAAGAUUAUCUGGCCCCAGAAACAUAACCCAGAUUAACGGCAUAACCAGGGCAUAACCUCGAAAAGUUUGACAACAAAAGUCGGUGUUUGAAGGGGCAACUUUAUAUAACUCUGUGUAAACCCUAUACAAUAAUACCCGGAUAAUUGAGGUAAAUUUGCAGUUCGGGGUCUGCUAGGUUUUCCUGUGUCGAAGGCGCCUUUUGAAACAGCAUCGAUUUUCUUUGUUGUCUAGUGGAAAAGUAGUGACUGACUGAGAGAGAAAUGAUGAAAACCCCGAGGAGCGAUCAGAAAAAUAUCUUCUGAGUCGAUUACCAAGCGUUCGAAAAAUGUAUUUCAUUACUCAGAGUUUAACGGGGGUUUCUUUCUAGACGGAAGCGAAUAAUUUUUCGUGGUUUCAGGACGGAAAACUUCUGAGUCGAUUACCAAGUCUUCGGCAAACGCAUAGGCAAAUUUUCAGCUCGCCUCAAAUGUCCGCUGGUCGUUGUACUGAGGAUGAAUACCUGGAAGAAGCCUUUGAGUUUUUGCGCAAAUAUCAGUGGAUGUUCAAUUUCAAAAACACCGAAAUUCUAACCAGAAAUGUACUGGACAAUUUUCCUUCAGAAUGGAAGGACUAUUUCACUCAGCUGACCACUGAUGAACUGCACCAUCUCGUAACGGGCGCUCUUAAGAAACCCGCUCCACCGGACCUGCAAGCCUUUAUCAGCGAUCUGAAUGCUCUCAACCCGCAUUUGCAGCAGCAAAAUCGAACCCAAGAGCGACUUCUAGCGCAAAAUGCGGGCAUAAGCCGAAAAAAGUCGCACGAAAUCGCGCUUUUGGCCCCGGUAAUUGACGAAAUUUGCCGGAAAACUGAUUGCGAUUUGAUUGUGGACGUCGGCUGUGGAAUUGGCCAUCUAUCUCAGCUGCUUCACUCCAAAUAUGGAUACGCGGUACUGGGAUUAGAAGCAUCGCGAAAGCUGGUGGAAACUGCCCAAUCAAAUCAGGCCAAACGCCAUCCUCAAAGCAUCGGGGAGGUUGUUUUUGAGGAGCUUUUUGUAGACGCUUCAUCCGCGCCUCAAUUGAACCACCUGAUAGUGCGGCACUUUAAUGGGAGAACAAAGGCGUGUCUCACCGGCUUGCAUGCUUGUGCAGAUCUCAGUGUGGAAGUUCAGAGGUUGUUUAUGCAUUUGAGCAUUGCAGAAGCUUUGGUGAUGAUGCCCUGUUGCUAUCAUCGAAUGCUUUUGGCCAAAGAAGACGCUGGCAGGCAGUGGUUCGGAAACUUUCCUGUUAGCCAAAAAGGGAAGGUUUUGUGGCAGAAGCAUGGAGGAAGUGGUUUUUUGAGGCAGUCGUUUCUGAGGUUGGCGUGCCAACAAACGAGAGAAGCCUUCAUUCGAAUGUCUGAAGAAGAGCAUCGGAAGCAUGGCCAGCGUUGCUUGCAAAGGGCAGUCUUACAACUGGCUGCGGAACUCGAAAAUUGCACGGUUCGAAGACUGAAACGAAAAUCAGGCAAAUCAGAUGCACCAGACAUUGAUGGCGGUUUCCAGGAGUAUUUGAAUAAUUUGAGCGGCACGCACGAACUUGUCCUUCCUAACCCGGAAACCCGGAUCCGAAUUACCGACGCCCGUUUCCUGUCCAGGAUGCAUGAAAAAUGGACCGCUCACAAAACUGAUUGUCGACAGGUCGAGGUUUUGAUGGGGCUUCAAGGAGCCAUUCAAGCGCUAUGCGAAAAUGUCAUUUUGCUCGAUCGAGUUGCAUUUCUAAAGGAAAAAGGGUUUCAUUGUUAUAAUAGGAAAAUAACAAAUGAUGCGCUUUCGCCGCGCUGCUGGGCUUUGAUCUCCGAGAAAAACACCGAAAAAUAAAAAUAAAUCAUUAUGGACUAAGUUGUUGUGUUAA